UGGUCUGUGUUAGUUCUCUUACAGUGAAGUAGGAGAUCUAAAGCCUGCUUUUGAAGCAGAGUUCACCUUUGAUUCAUGCGUGGGUAGAUCCAAAUGACCACAUAGACCGACUGAGAGCACAGGUGUGUGUGUGUGUGUCUUUGUUCUGUUGAGAGUUGUUUAAUGUUAUGAGGUGAUUUAAUGUUGCUUCAUCUCCUCUGAAUCAGGAUAGACCUGAGUUCUCUGAGGUGCUGGCCACACUAGAGGAAUACCAAUGCAAUGUUGAAGUAUGGAGUUACUGCUUGGCUAUCCACAAACAUACAAAAAGCUUUCUACAGUCAAAUCUAAAUCAGUGGGGAAUAAACAUAGAUGCAUGCUGUUUACAUUUUCAGAAGUUCACUGAUUCCUUUCUGUCUGUCCAUAUGAUAUGAUACUUGUUGGUGAUAAUGUCAUAUUUGUGUGUGCUUUUUUGUGUUUGUGAUCCACAGUUGAACAGCAGCGGGUUGAACAGCAGCGGGUCCCUGUCCCCCUCGGGCUCCUCUGACUGCCUGGCGAGGGGCAGUCCUGGUCGGAGUCACGUGGCUGCCCUCCGCUCCCGCUUUAAGCUGGAGUACGCACUCAACGCCCACGCCUACGCUGUCUGGACUCAGAGCGAGGAUGACAUGAUUCCCAAGGUCCAUCUCUGGAUGAACUCAGGAGGAAUAUGCCGUUUCCACCUAUUGACCGAAAUGAACCUAUGAGCACCAUGCGCAUCCACUCCAACUGCAGCAUCAACGGCAGCUUCGAAGACAGCACUAACUAACAAAAAUAGGAAGUCUUCCAGCUCUACUAUAUGCACUAUUACUGUAGUUCACAAAGCCAUAACCUUAUUUAUAAGUAUAUCACAUACAGUGAGGGAAAAAAGUAUUUGAUCCCCUGCUGGGGGGAGUGCUCCUAAUCUCAGCUUGUUACCU